CUUGCUGCAUAGAACAGUCAGUCACUCGCAGACGGUGUUUCUUAGCUCGUGGGUAUUGUACUGCUACCGAGUCGAAAAGAAAGAAUAAGAACAAUAACAAUAAUAGCUGUGGAAGAAUAGGGCACUAAAAGGAGGCAGGCUGUUUUGCAUUUGAAAUCUGUACUCUUUUGAAAAAGUGUUGUUCUCCACUCGUGCAUGUUCAAAUCGGAGGAGUAUAUCAGAGCCGUGAGUCGGCCAGACUUUUAGUUUCUACGCGAGCGGCAAUACCAGAGAGGAGGCAUGAUUUUGAGACGGAGUUCAAUCUUUGCUGGUUUUCUCUUACUUGCAAUUUCACUAUGCUUGCGAAUCAAGGUGUCUGUUGCAUCGGGGCACUUCGAGCUACAGAUCGUUUCGAUGCAGAAUGUGAACGGCGAAUUGCAGAACGGAUUGUGUUGCGACGGAUCUCGGAAUGGAGCUGAUGGAAAAUGCACGCGGGACGAAUGCGAUACUUAUUUCAAAGUGUGCCUGAAGGAAUACCAGUCCAGGGUUUCUGCAGCGGGGCCUUGCAGCUUCGGCACUGGAACUACACCCGUCGUCGGAGGGAAUACAUUUUCUUUGAAGAACACCGUGAGAACCGAAAGAUCCAGGAUUGUUUUGCCUUUCAGCUUUGCGUGGCCGCGGUCCUACACUUUGAUAGUGGAAGCUCUGGACUUGAACAACAGCACCAGCGGCGGCAGCUCCGCGGGGGAGGUGAUCGAGAAGGCGCUGCACUCCGGGAUGAUCAACCCCAGCCCCCAGUGGCUGACCCUGAAGCACAACGGGGCGGUGGCCAAGUUCGACUACCAGAUCCGGGUGACCUGCGACGAGCACUACUACGGCUUCGGCUGCAACAAGUUCUGCCGCCCGCGCGACGAGUUCUUCGGCCACUACACCUGCGACCACAACGGCAACAAGACCUGCCUGGAGGGCUGGGCCGGCCCCGACUGCAACACAGCUAUCUGUCGGCAGGGCUGCAGUGCGGAGCACGGGAUCUGCAAACAGCCCGGAGAGUGCAACUGCAAGUACGGAUGGCAGGGGGAGUACUGUGACCAGUGCAUCUCUCACCCGGGCUGCGUGCACGGCACCUGUGAAGAGCCCUGGCAGUGCCUCUGCGACACCAACUGGGGCGGCCAGCUCUGCAACAAAGAUCUGAACUACUGUGGGACCCGUCAGCCCUGCCUGAACGGGGGCACCUGCAGCAACACGGGACCCGACAAGUACCAGUGCUCCUGCCCCGAGGGGUACUCCGGGGUCACCUGCGAGAGGGCCGAGCACGCCUGUUUGUCGGACCCCUGCUCCAACGGCGGGAGGUGCGUGGAGACCAGCCAAGGGUUCGAGUGCCAGUGUGCCCCCGGGUGGACGGGCCCGUCCUGCGCCAUCAAUUUGGAUGACUGUGACCCAAACCCCUGCAGCCAUGCGGGGACCUGCCAGGACCAGGUGAACGGGUUCAAGUGCAGCUGUCCCCCCCAGUGGACAGGGAGGACCUGCCUCAUCGAUGCCAACGAAUGCGAGGGCCGGCCCUGCGUGAACGCCAACUCCUGCCGCAACCUGAUUGGCGGAUACUUCUGCGACUGCAUGCCGGGCUGGACGGGCCAGAACUGCGACAUCAAUAUUAACGAGUGUCAGGGCCAGUGCCAGAACGGAGGAACGUGCCGGGACCUGGUUAAUGGUUACCGCUGUGCCUGUGCCCCCGGAUUCGCGGGGGAGCACUGCGAGCGGGACGUGGACGAGUGCGCCAGCGGGCCCUGCCUGAACGGCGGCCGCUGCCUCGACCAGGUCAACGGAUUCCAGUGCCUGUGCCUGGCCGGUUUCUCCGGCAACCUGUGCCAGCUGGACAUCGAUUACUGCGAGCCCAGCCCCUGCCAGAACACGGCGCAGUGCUUCAACCUGGCCACCGACUACUUCUGCAAGUGCCCCGAGGACUACGAGGGCAAGAACUGCUCGCACCUGAAGGACCACUGCCGCACCACGCCCUGCCAAGUGAUUGACAGCUGCACGGUUGCCGUGGCGUCCAACAGCACCCCCGAGGGCGUGCGCUACAUCUCCUCGAACGUGUGCGGCCCCCACGGGCGCUGCAAGAGCCAGGCGGGGGGGCAGUUCACCUGCGUGUGCCAGGAGGGGUUCAUCGGGACCUACUGCCACGAGAACAUCAACGACUGUGAAAGCAACCCCUGCAGGAACGGAGGGACCUGCAUCGACAAAGUGGGCGUUUACCAGUGCAUCUGCGGGGACGGCUGGGAAGGGGUUCACUGCGAAACCAACAUCGAUGACUGCAGCACCAGUCCGUGUCACAACGGAGGGACGUGUAGAGACCUGGUGAACGACUUCUACUGCGAGUGUGCCAGCCCCUGGAAGGGCAAGACCUGCCAUUCCCGCGAGAGCCAGUGCGACGAGGCCACCUGCAACGGCGGCGGGACCUGCUACGAUGAGGUCGACACCUUCAAGUGCAUGUGCGCGCCGGGCUGGGAGGGCGCCACCUGCAACAUCGCCAAGAACAGCAGCUGCCUGCCGAACCCGUGUGAGAACGGAGGCACCUGCGUGGUCAGCGGCGACUCCUUCACCUGCGUCUGCAAAGAGGGCUGGGAGGGCAGCACCUGCACCCAGAAUACCAAUGACUGCAGCCCACACCCCUGCUACAACAGCGGGACGUGCGUGGACGGCGACAACUGGUACCGCUGCGAGUGUGCCGCUGGAUUCGCCGGGCCAGACUGCCGAAUAAAUAUUAACGAGUGCCAGUCUUCGCCUUGCGCGUUCGGCGCCACCUGCGUGGACGAGAUCAACGGCUACCGCUGCCUGUGCCCCCCCGGGCGGGUGGGACCCAGGUGCCAGGAAGUGACGGGAAGACCCUGCGUCACCAACGGGCGUGUGGCGGCGGACGGGACCAGGUGGGAGGAGGACUGCAACACGUGUCAGUGCCACAACGGGAAAAGCACCUGCACAAAGCAGAUGUGGUGCGGCCCCAGGUCCUGUCGGGUGCACAGCAAAGGUCGCGGGGAGUGCCCCGCCGGCCAGACCUGCGCCCCCAUUAAGGACGAGCACUGCUUCGUCAAGCCCUGCCCCGGCCAGGGGGAGUGCUGGCCCUCCGGACAGCCCCCGCUCCGGACCAAAUGUCACCCCGGCUCCAAUUUCCUGGAGAGCAGCUGCGCCAACAUCACGUUCACCUUUAACAAGGAAAUCAUGACUCCUUCAUUGCAGGGGUUGACGGUGGAGCACAUCUGCGCCGAGCUGAGGAACCUGUACGUGGUGAGGAACCUCUCGUCCGAGCUCUCGGUGGCCAUGACCUGCGAGCCCUCGCCGACCGCCAACAACGAGAUCCACGUGACGAUAUCAACAGAAGAUCUGAGGCAGGACAGAACGCCCAUCAAAGAAAUCACCGAUAAGAUCAUCGACCUCGUCAGCAAACGCAACGGCAGCAACGCCAUCAUGACCGCCAUCGCGGAAGUCCGGGUGCAACGGCGCCACCCCCCGGCCCCCACCGCAGACUACCUGGUUCCCCUGCUGAGCUCGGUGUUCAUCGUCAUCUGGAUCCUGGCGUUAGGCUCCGCCUUCCUGUGGUGCGUGCGCCGCCGGCGGAAGCAGAGUAGCCAGGGCAACGCCGGCGCCGUGGCGACGGAGGACAACACCACCAACAACGUGCGCGAGCAGCUCAACCAGAUCAAGAACCCCAUCGAGAAGCACCCGGCCAACGCCAACACCAACGCCGCCCCGGUCAAGGACUACGAGGAUAAAAACUCUAUCAUCGCCAAAAUUAGGACAAACAACUCGGAGGUGGUGGUGCCGGAGGAGGAGGAGGAGGGGGCGGAGAAACGACUGCAGAAGGCCCGCUUCGCCAAGCGGCCGGCCUACACCUUGGUCGACGGGGAGGACCGAACGCCCCACACCACGCCCACCAAACACCCGAACUGGACAAACAAACAGGACAACAGGGACCUGGAAACAGCACAGAGCUUGAACCGGAUGGAGUACAUUGUAUAGUUGGGGGGGGGAGGGGGGGGCGGAGGGCAGCCGCGUUGCCGUGCAACCUUAGCCCGCUUCCUGCCUCGUAAGCGAGAUGGGAGAGGAGGGGGUGGGGGUGGGAGGGUAAUGUGGGGUGGGAGGGAGGCGGGUUCUCUCCGAGUCGUAGUUCUUAAAACUGUUGCGUCAUAUUUUUUUGACUCUGAGGUUAUUAUUUGCAUAGAAUCCCUGUGUUAAUUUAAGUUUUGACAAGGCUGGCUUACACUGGCAAGGAUCGUUGCUGUGGUUGGCUGGGACUGAUCACCUGCUGCGUUUUCACGUCUAUGCAAAACUAGUUUCGAGCGCCCGUUUUUCACGAAUCAAGACGCGAAACAUUACGUGGUUGGUAAGUGCACACACGGUGGUCUUUGAGUAUUAAGCGAAUCUCGCCUUUCCCUUGCGUGGAAAGUGAUUGUGAAUGGUCUAAAGCAUUUUGUUUUUCAAAUAUAUAAAAAAAAUGACAACAAAAAAAAAAAAAGUUUUGAAUUCUGAAUUUACAUGGGCUCUAUCUAGUUCUGUAUUUGAAAGUAUAUCUGCAGCUCCAUACCACAGCAACCAUCACAAAGUUUAUUAUUUAUUAUUUUUAUUAUAUUUUUGUUUGUCUGGGGGGUGGGGGAGGGAUGGGGAGGGGUCAGGUCAAUGUCAGCAGUUGCUGCCAAUAUGAAGAAUUUAAGUGUCAAUUUAGAACGUUGUAUAGAUAUGUAAAUAUUUUUUUUAAUUAAUCACUGUGUAUAUUUGAUUUAUUAACUUAAUAAUCAAGAGCCUUAACAUCAUUCCUCUUUUUAUUUAUAUGUAUUGUUUAGAUUUGAAGGUUUUGAUGGCUUUGUAAGCUUACAGCUUCUUUAUUUUUGAUGAAAAUUUUGUUUCAUGUUUCAUAAAUGCCAAAAUUUGAAGUGUUCUUGAAAGAAUAGUUUAUUUUUUAACGAUAGGACGGGCAUUUUUGUGCCUGCAAAAAAAAAAAGAAAAAAAAAGAAAAAAAUGUUUUGUACAAUGUCAGAUGUUUGAAACCAUUUCUAUAGUAUCUUUUUUUUUUUUUUGCCAGGACUUUUUUUGUAAGUACUUACGGCAUGUGAGAAAAAUGAAAAAAAAAAUCUAUAAUUUUGCUGCUUUUUGGGUUUUAGGAAAAAGCAUAGCGACGGGCACAGAGACGGACAUGACAGGCAUCGCUUGCCGUGAAUACAAAAAACACUUUAAGGGAACAAUAUCUUUUUUGUAGCUUAAUAGUUGCAUGUGACAAAAAAAAUAAAUAAAGGCAAGGUGUUGAAGAAGGAAAAAAAAAUCAAUUAUCUUAAUCCACACAGUAUAACGGACAAAAACCACAUUUAGAUAAAUGUAUCUGUAAUUACUUUCUGCUUUUUACUAGCGUUAAUGUAAUAAGCUAGGAGAUGAAUACUUGAAGUGUGGGAUCCAAUGAGAACACUGUAGAACCAUAAUGGGGGUACUGGCCUUUAUUAAACAGGAGUCUGUGCUUUAUCGCUGUGCACAUAUUUUUGUUUUUAUUUUAGUUUUAUUUCGUUUUAUUUUUUUUAUUUUUUAAAAGGCUCUUACAAAAAAAACAAACAUGUUAAUCUCAUUUGUUAACUUUUGAGAUCAUGGAGAAAAUUUUGCGUACUUUUUUGACUUUAGUGUUAUAAACUUGAGAAUGGAUCUUUUUUUUGUUUUUGUUUUUUUUGUUUUGUUUUACUGAGGUGUUAUUCCUGGCAAUAAAUCUUUUUUUGAAAGUAAUAUUUAUUAAAUAUUUUGUAUGAAAAGAG